AUGGCUGUGAGCAGUGUGUGCAGGGGGGUUGGCACCGCCGGGGCUGGGGGGGUUGGCACCAACGGCACGGGGGGGGUCAGCACGACCACCGCCUCGGGGCUCGGCACGACCGCCGUGCCCGGCCCUGGCACAACGGGCAUCGCUGGCAAAGGGGGGGGUGGCACCACCAUCGCACCGAAUUUUGGCACAAAUGGCAAACCAGAGCCUGGCACCACUGGCAAAGGGGGGGUUGGCACACCAGGAGAUGGCACUGCUGGAAAAGUGGGGGUUGGCACAACUGUCACACCAAAUCUUGGCACAACUGGCAAACCAGAGCCUGGCACCACCAGCAAACCGGCUGUUGGCACACCAGGAGCUGGCACCACCAGAAAAGAGGGUGUUGGCACAAGCACUGCACCAAAUCUUGGCACAACUGGCACACCAGGACCUGGUACCAACGGUAAAGGGGGUGUUGGCACAACCAUCGCACCGAAUCUUGGCACAAGUGGCAAACCAGAGCCUGGCAUCGCUGGAAAAGGGGGUGUUGGCACAACUGUCACACCAAAUCUUGGCACAACUGGCACACCAGGAGCUGGCACCACUGGAAAAGGGGGUGUUGGCACACCAGGAGCUGGCACCACUGGUAAACAGGGUGUUGGCACAACCAUCACACCAAAUCUUGGCACAAACGGCACACCAGGACCUGGCACCACCAGAAAAGAGGGGGUUGGCACAAGCACUGCACCAAAUCUUUGCAAAAAUGGCACACCAGGAGCUGGCACCACCAGCAAACCAGCUGUUGGCACACCAGGAGCUGGCACCACUGGGAAAGGGGGUGUUGGCACAACCAUCGCACCGAAUCUUGGCACAAAUGGCACACCGGGACCUGGCAGUGCCACCAAACCAGGUGUUGGCACACCAGGACCUGGCACUGCUGGAAAAGUGGGGGUUGGCACAACCAUUGCACCGAAUCUUGGCACAAGUGGCACACCAGGACCUGGCACCACCGGCAAAGGGGGUGGUGGCACACCAGGAGCUGGCACCACCGGAAAAGAGGGGGUUGGCACAACCACCGCACCGAAUCUUGGCACAACUGGCAAACCAGAGCCUGGCACCACCAGCAAACCGGCUGUUGGCACACCAGGAGCUGGCACUGCUGGCAAAGGGGGUGUUGGCACAACUGGCACACCGAAUCUUGGCAGAACAGGACCUGGCACCAGCAAACCAGCUGUUGGCACACCAGGACCUGGCACCGCUGGCAAACAGGGUCUUGGCACAACCAUCACACCGAACCUUGGCACAACUGGCACAUCGGAGUCUGGCACCACCAGCAAACCAGGUCUUGGCACAACUGGCACACCGAAUCUCAGCACAACCAGCACACCACAUCUUGGCACAACAGGUCCUGGCACCACCGCCACAACAGGUUCUGGCACAACCAGCUCACCAGAGCCUGGCACCACCAGCAAGACAGGACCUGGCACAACCAGCACCCCGAAUCUCGGCACAACCGGCACACCACAGCCUGGCACCACCAGCACAGCGGGUGUUGGCACAACUGGCACACCAAAUCUUGGCACAACAGGUCUUGGCAUCACCAGCACACCGGGUGUUGGCACAACUGGCACACCAGGUGUUGGCACCACCACCAGCACACCAGGUGUUGGCACAACCAUCCCUCAGGGUGUUGGCACCACCACUGGCACAGCGGGUGUUGGCACAACAGGCACACCAGGUGUUGGCACCACCAGCGCACUGAAUCUUGGCAUGAGUGGGACACCAGGGUCUGGCACCACCAGCACACCGGCUGUUGGCACAACCACUCCUCAGGGUGUUGGCACCACCACUGGCACACCGGGUGUUGGCACCACCGGCACACCAGGACCUGGCACCAGCAGCACACCGGGUGUUGGCACAACCAGUACACCAGGUGUAGGCACAACUGGCACACCAGGUCUUGGCACAACCAUCCCUCGGGCUGUUGGCACAACCAGUACACCAGGGCCUGGCACCAGCAGCACACCGGGGCUUGGCACAACCAGUACACCAGGUGUUGGCACCAUGGGCACACCGGGUGUUGGUACAACGGGCACACCGGGUGUUGGCACCACCAGUACACCAGGUGUUGGCACAACUGGCACACCGGGGCUUGGCACAACGGGCACACCAGGUGUUGGCACCCCUGGGGGUGUUGGCACCACCGCCCCCCCGGCUGUUGGCACACCGGAGCCUGGCACCACCGCUGGCACCCCGGGUGUUGGCACCACGGGCACGGGGG